UCGAUUGCAGCUGGCUGAGAAACAAUAUUCACGCGCGCGCACAGUACAUACACACCUGCACUCAAGUCUGUACAGCUUCGGUUACAUUGCGUCACAACUUAUCAUUGACUGACGAGCUGUUUUUAAACCUUACAAGGCCAAAGAAUGCCACAUAAUUUACCAGGUAAGCGAAUGUAAAUAUGCAAAAUCGAGGCAGCAGACUACAUUCCAGACGGCAUUGAAUGCCUGUUGCUGCUGAGUGUGAGCUGAGCUUGCUGACACCCGUCUGGCUUUAAAGAGAUUAAUAUCUGAGCGUAUGCUUGGCUUGUGGUUUUUGUGCAGAUUGCUCUGCUGGCGUGUGCAGGGGCAGGAGGCGUGUAGACAUCCUGCCAGCGAAGGCUGCGUGACGUGAAGAAGCCUGGGAGACAGGCGUAGAGUGCUCAUCUCUUUGUUCACACAAGGCUCUGGGCUUAUGAUCCACCAUGGAGAACUGUAGCGGUAUAUAUUCAGGUUUUCCGCCGCUGUGUGGGUCGUACACACUGUGGAUGCUGUUUGCAGGUGUUUGCACAGCAUUACUCUUGUCUCUGUGUUGGAACAUCCUCUGCUGUUUUAGCAAACAGUGCACAGCCAAAGGCAAGAGUUUUCUACCUCGCUUCAGAAGGAGUAUUAGCCUGCGACUGACAGACAUGGAGGAUAAUCCCAUCUAUGGAAACGUCACGUACACACCAAUCCGAACUGAGCUAACACGCAACCCCACCCUGUCUAAUACCCCGCAGAAGACACGCAGUACCAUAAAGGUCACCAGUAGUGACCAGGACUGCUACGCCAACCUGAAGCUGAAGGUCCCUACUACUCGGCCAGCGUCGGGCCGCAGUUCCCCGGCCCGCUCCCUCGCCCGCUCCCUCGCCGGCAGCGUCCCUCAGGUCCAGUACUCCGACGUCACCACCAUACCCCGCGCCCCAGACCCAGAGGACCCCGCCGACAUCCUGGAAACCACCUCCCUCCUCUCGGACCUCUACGCCUCGGUGGACACAGAGCACAAGCAGAGCAAAGCCAAGGCACUGGACAACACAGAGGACUAUGCCAACAAUGUGUGACCUGCAUUCGCGUUGUGUAGUUGUUGUGUACAGUCCAACGUUUCACAGGUUGCCACAUUGGUGAGUUGUUUCUGACCAAUUAAUUACAUGUUGAUUAGGCUACAUGGUUACCUCUUUGUAUUUUUGUGUUAUGUUGUAUACUAUAUUAAGAGUCAUUAUAACAAGACAAAUGGUAAU